AUGACUCCUCCACCUACCCCAGAAGAUGACGGCUUGGACCGCUGGUCCCUCAAUGUCCAGCAGCUCAUCAGAGAAACUGAUGAAGCCUUCAAGGCCCCGAGGAGAAACAAGUCAAAGAAAUCCAAACGGGUCAAGAUGAGAUCCAAAAAAUCUGCCCGAUGGCAGCUGGGAGAGGAUGUAGCCGACAUCCUUACCGGACAGUUCUUCCGUAAAGUAGAAGUCGAUGAGCUUCUCACACCGGACCGUCUUCAUGCGCUACGAGUGGAGAGGGAGUCUCAGGGACAGCCGCGUCGAUCGAGCGAUACUCUGAGGACUGUAAGCACCGAUGGAAGCGAGACGCCCGUUGAACCUUUUCACCUCCAAGACCUCCUUUCUAGGAUUGGAGCAGCCGGGGCAAAGACCUCCAUCACGCCUUCUGAGGCCAUGACUCCACCCGAGCUUCUCGACUCAAGUGUACUACGAGACUUGCCUUUCAAGGAAAAGUCGCCGCGGAGGAAGAAGCCUGUAUCCAAGGAUGAAUACGAGGCUGAGGAUCCGACGCAGGCUGUUCCACCUCCACCAGCUAAGAACCCAGCGAGAUUUCUCCCCAGACCGCAGGCGCCGCUGUUACCGACGAUACCUGAAGUAGUCGUCACCACCCCCGACAUGGGAGGCCAAUCAGCAAAGCACAGCAACAGGACUGCACGAACAUUCGCACCCGUUGAUGAAGACGAUUUUAUCUUUUUCCAAUCAACGCCAUUCACGUUCAACCAUUCCGCCUUCAGACACGGCAACAUACGUUUCCCCAAGUCAGAAGUCGUCAAGGGGCUGAAAAUUGAUCCCGAUGAUACGCUCGACUGGACCGCCUUCCAGAUGGCCAUCCUCGGCGGCGCGGGCGACCUCUUCUCAGACCCCGCAGACUUUUCACAGAGAACGGAGGUUGAAGAGACAGCCGACCUGACAGCGUGGUUCGACGGCUUCGGCUUCGAAGGCUACGGUCGUCUUCUCACCAGCGACGCCGACGAGCCGACGAGCCGGCUGCAGCAAAGGUCCCGCGCGUCUACCGUGGACUGCUCGCCAAAGUCCUUUGGCAGAGUCUCGCGGGACAGUGAGCUUCCCAUACCCGUGAAGGCCGAGCACCCUACUGGGUUCUGGAACGAAGGCAAUGUCAACGUGUCCAAGUUCCUGACGCAAGGGUGCAACAUUCGACGAUGGACGAUGGAGGGGCAGCAACAGCAUCCCAAGCGGCAGAACCGGGAGAGCAUCGGGAGCUUGCCGCCUAGUCCGAUGAUGGAUCUGGUCAUGAUGAGGGGCUCUGAUGGGGAGCCCGAGGUUGUACCUAUGGGAUACAAUUUGGGACACGACCUCGGGGACUUCCUGCGCUGGGAGGCGGAGAAUGUCUAUGCUACGGGCAUUUACUGA